CGGAGCUGACACACUCCUGCAGUCUGUGCUCUGACAGCUGCACCGCUGAGAGAGAAAGAGAGAGAGAGACUGCGGAGAACACUGAGAAAACCCAAUACACACUCACACACACAGGGAACACCAGUCACUCUUAUCAGUGCCCGGCUCCUAUUCACUCCAGGAUCUUCUGCUAUUGCAGUUUGCUUGAUAAGGAUUGGAUACUAAACAGCCUCCUUAUUCAACCGUAUAGAUUGAAACAAGUCCAGCAGGAGACGAGAAGAAGCUGAAAGAUGGUGGAAGCGAGGCCCAGACGGACUCUACGAUGGCCAGACUGGAGGUUGUCUAUUUGCGUGCUGCUCUUCUGUAUGUUUGGGACGGCACCGGGCCGCAAAGCUCCUAAAAGCCCACGGUGUCCAGCCACCUGCUCCUGCACUAAAGACAGCGCCUUCUGCGUGGACACCAAAGUCAUUCCCAAGAGCUUCCCGACGGGAAUCAUCUCUCUGACUAUGGUGAACGCCGCCUUCACAGAGAUUCCUGAAGGAGCGUUUUCCCACAUGCACCUGCUGCAGUUCCUGCUGUUGAACUCAAACACUUUCUCUGUGAUCUCUGAUGAUGCUUUUUCUGGUCUUGGACACCUGCAGUAUUUAUUUAUCGAGAACAACGACAUCCAAGCGCUGUCAAAGCACACGUUCAGAGGACUGAAGUCAUUGACGCAUCUGUCUCUGUCUAAUAACAACCUGCAGGUUCUUCCCAGAGAGCUCUUCAAGCACCUAGACAUCCUCACAGACCUAGAUCUGCGUGGGAACUCGUUUCGUUGUGACUGUAAGAUCAAAUGGCUGGUUGACUGGAUGGAGAAAACCAACACGUCUGUUCCACCCAUUUACUGCGCCAGUCCGUUUGAGUUCCAGGGCCGACGCAUCCAUGAGCUCACGCCGCGAGACUUCAACUGCAUCAGCGCAGAUUUUGCAGUAUACGAGACCUUCUCGUUCCAGUCUCUGUCUGUGGAGUCGUACGAGUUUCAUGAUGACCAGUAUGUGGUUUUCGCUCAGCCCAACACUGGAAUCUGCACCGUCUUCAUUUGGGAUCACGUCAACAUGCUUUUCAAGACACAUUACAACAUCACAUCUCGUUCUGCUGUCUACUGUAAGCCUGUGGUUAUCAACAACACUCUCUACAUGGUUGUGGCGCAGCUCUUUGGAGGAUCCCACAUCUACAAAUGGGAGGAUGGUCCAUUGCGUUUUGUCAAAAUCCAGGACAUCGACACCACCCGUGUCCGAAAACCCAACUUCAUCGAGACUUUCCAGAUUGAAGGAGACUGGUAUUUUGCAGUAGUCGACAGCUCCAAAGCUGGUUCAACAAGCCUGUACCGCUGGAACAGCAACGGGUUUUACUCACACCAAUCCCUCCAUCCCUGGCACAGAGACACUCACAUUGAUUUCCUCGAAGUGGACGGUAAACCUCGCCUCAUCCUCUCCAGUGCCUCGCAACCCCCAGUGGUUUACCUGUGGAACCGAAGCCAACGCCAGUUCGUUUUCCACUCUCAGAUCACUGAUUCGGGCGACAUUCAGAUGGUCAAGCACUUCUGGGUGCGGAAAGUGCUGUAUUUGUGCCUCACACGCUUCAUCGGAGACUCCAAGAUACUGCGCUGGGACAACCAACGCUUUGUGGAGAUCCAAACCCUGCCAUCUCGGGGCUCAAUGGCCGUGUAUCCCUUCAGCGUUGGAGUGAGGCUUUACCUCCUGCUGGGCAGCGAUUAUUCCUUCUCCAGGAUUUACCUGUGGGACGAGCUCACCCAGCGAUUCCUGCCCUUCCAGGAGCUCAACAUGCUGGCACCUCGAGGAUUCGCCAUGGCCUCAGUGGACAAUAAGGAUAUUCUGCUGGCGGCCAGCUUUAAAGGGAAGACCAUGGCGUAUCAGCAUCUAAUAGUGGAUCUCAGUGCCAAAUAGGAGGCUGGAGAUGUUUGAAGCAGUGUUUCUCAACCAUGUUCCUGGAGGCACACCAACAGUACGUAUUUUAGAUGGCUCCCUCAUCUGACCAAUUGAAAGAGGGUCAGAAGAGGUUGAAAUGUGUACUGUUGGUAUGCCUAUAGGAACAAGGUUGGGAAACACCGGUUUAAAGGUGCCACUGAUUUAAUAUCUUAAACUGUUCUCUGAUAUCUACAUAGUAGGUAUGCGGCUUAGGUAAUUUUAACCUCCAGAACCGUUUUUAUGCUCAUUUAUAACUACAGGAAAUACCCCAAGAAUGAAGAGCUCAGUUUUGACCAUAUUUGGUAAGGACAUGAAUAUUAAUUGAUACACACACACACACACACAGCAUGAUGUACUCUGAAAUUAGAUGCCUUGUUAACAAUCUUUUCAACUGAAGAGGUUUAUUUUAGCUAGAAGGAGUGAGCGAGAUAUCUUUAAGCCCACCAGAGUGACCUAGUUUACUCCUAAGUUUUAUUGCUGAUGAGAUAUUGGCUAUAUUAUAUUUAUAUUCGACAUAAGAAACAAAAGAGGUGUAUUUAGAGUUGUACUUUGAAACCACCAUAUAUGAAAACACUGAAAGGAAUUAACAUCAGCCUCUGCAUAAACAGAUGAGCUUAAUAAAGUGUAUUCGCAUCCUUUCACUACAUAAAAAAUCACAAUAAGAGCUGAGUGAUAUGACACUAUGCAUAAACACGCAUUACAACAGGCAGUUUACAUGUGCCAAUUGCCUCAUUACAGAUACAUGUGGCAGAUUUCGCAAUAUACACAUUAAAGAUACGUUUAAAAAGACCUCAUGCCUCUUCAAGGUGGCAUCGAAUACAUUUAUACGCUGUAUAUUUCCGAAUUUUUCAUUCUGACAAUUUGUGAACACUCCCAGGAGGAACAGGACGUCAACAUGGUCAGAUUGACGUUGUACCCCAACGUAGUGGGAUGUUACAUUUUGUUUGGAAAUGAAUAUUGCAUUCACUUCAGAACCCAACGUCAAUGUCCAACCUAAAAUCAACCAAAUAUCAACGUCUAAUGAUGUUACAGCUUGACGUUGGGUGGACGUUACCACUAUGAUGUUUAUC